GAAAGGGUCCACUUCUAUUUCGAGACCGUCGUGUAUUUUAAUAUAUUUAAGUUGCGGAGCUCCAAUUAAGCUUGCGGUAGGGUUUCAAUUAUUUUUUGUAUGUAUGGAUGGAUGGAUGCAGAGCCCUGUGGUUAUGGUGACUGAGCUUGUGGAGGUGAUGUGUUCAAUGGCGGGUCGCGGCGAUCUUUGUUGCCGACGACUGAUUUGAGAGAGUUUGCGGAGAUGACGAUUUGAGAUUUAGCAAAAGGAAAUUCUACUACUGGAGUGUGUGUGUGUGUUGGAUCAGUUUUCAAGGAUAUUUGCGGGGGGUGUUUCAGCUUCAGGGAGCUCAUUUGUCGGAGAAUCUACUGGCGGUUUUUUUGAAUAUUAGUGUAGUGAUAGGUUUCCUUGUUCGUUACUAAGACGAUCCGCUGCCGAAUCAGAGAUUUGAUGAAUUGCGAAAAAGAGCUGAAUGGUAGUGAAAUAGUUCUCGGAUAAGAAGAGAAUAAUCGUUGUGACGCACAUGGUGUCAAACCUUUAAAAGUAACGCUGAAUCCUGAUACGAGCGGAAUUAUUAUUCGUGAGAAAUGAAUUAAGAUGAGUUGAAGCUUAUGCUCUUACUGCCAAGAACACAAAAAUCGAUUAUUGGACAGGAAGAGAAAUGAACAGAGGAGGUAGCUCUUUGUCGACGAGUAAUCCAUGUCACGAAAUGAGACACUGAGGAAUGUAGUCGUCCUAGAGGUACGCUUGGGAAGGUAGGGUGACAUUUGGCUUGCCAGCGAGGAAAAGCAGGGGGGAAGAAAUGAAGCGCAUAUUAUGCCUUAAAAGUAGUAACGACUAGUUUUCAAAGUGGCGACGGACGUGGACGAGCAUUGGGCAAGUUCUCAGCCUACGAAAACAGCACAGACCAUCAAAUUAUCACACUUUAAGAUAUUGGACAGAAUUUUCGGAUGGUCGCACAGUGUUACAGUUGAGCAGUAGUUCGGAUGCUCCAAUGUGCUGUCAAGAAUAGCUUCUGAAGGAAGCUCUUCAAAAAUAAGUUAUUAUACUGUAACGGGUCUGUAGACGUAGCUCGUCUCUUGAAUGAAUUGCCCAAGUUCAGCAGAUGGCAUUGACGAGAGCGUCGAAGAGGUAACAAUAGACUCAUCGUUGCUUUAUCUGUUGGACCAUGCGAAGUUCUUUGUCUAAUGAACAAUCCGCGAUUGGAUUGUCCGGAGUAAGAACCGUUCGCGAGGGAAGUAGAGCUUAGAACAAGCCAAACGCAGGUGGAGCUGGGGAGUAGAGAUGUCAAUAGGGAGCGCUACUGAAGAAAGCUGCGCGAACAGGUGUGAGGUCAGUCUGUAACUUGAGUGAGUUUUCUGUUCACCUGGAAGCUCUUGUAACUCAAGUUCAUAGCUGUGUGUGCCGACUCCUCCUCCACGGCUUUGUGGGUUCACAACCAAGCGAUGAGCCAUGGUCUCAUCGUGUAAUAGAUUUAUGAAGAUAUGGAAACUGUUUAUUGUCUUUACCCUCAUCUUCUCGCAUCCAUCAACGUCAGAGGCGAAUUUGUGGAAUUGGUUGCCCUUGGGGCCAGCAGCAGUGCAUUCCGAGCCGCCUUUACAGGAUCGGCAGCGCUCUGGCUCUCGUCCUACGGACCUUGCGAAGUUCGACAUUGAGUCUGGAGUCUUUUUGAGCAGCUCCAGGGGCAAAGAUCUUGUAGAGAAGGCCCGUCACCAAACUGCGAAGCAUUCUUGUUGGCACAAUGCGUAUUCUGAUUUGCUCUCCUCUUGCCGAGAAAUUUUGAAAGAGGAAGAGAAGAAGGCUCGACUGGCGAUGAGGCUUACAAAUUGUUUUCUGAAGGUUUCGGAGAGAGAUGCAAUACACUGCCCUGACAGUGUUCCCAUUUCUAAGUGUACCAGUGGCCUGAGCGACCACAUUAAUUCGAUCUUCCUUGCCUUCUUCAUCGACGCAGCUUCUAUGUGCCACCAUCUUCAGAGCGAAGCUUUCAAGCAGGAAACGGAGCAUGUUAUCAAUGAGCUCAAAGGAUCUGCACAUUGGGUGGAGGAUCAGCUCAAGACAAUGGAAUCACAGACAAGCACCAUAGUUAAACAAAACGAAGAUGUGAUUGCUGAGCAAAAGCUGCUGCAGACCAAAAUGCAAGAGCACUCAAAUCAACUUGUACAAGAAUAUCAUCGCUUGCAUUCUGAAUUGCGAGAAAGGGUUAAGGACGGUUUCUCAGAUUUAAGCUUUGCAACAAAGGAGGUUCAUGCGCAGUUGCAAGGAGUUGGAUCAUUGCAGAAGGAGAUGUCUUUUCAUCAAAAAGAGAUCUUAGACCAGCAAAAGGACAUGUCCGACCACCAGCGCACUUUAGCAAACUCACUUUCGGUAGAGUUCGCUACGUUACAUGAAAAAACUCAUGAAAUAUCAGCUUCCAUGUCUGAAGAAUUCUUAAGUUUACAUCAGAAGACUCACGUGAUAUCAGACUCUUUAGGCAGUUUGCAAGAAAAAUCGCACGUCAUAGCCGAUUCUUUGGUCAGGGAGUUCUCUAGUCUACAUAAAGAAUCUCAAAAGAUAACUGAAUCUUUGACGGCUGAGUUCUCAAGUUUACAUGAGAGGUCUCACCAAUUAGCCGAAUCUUUGACGGCAGAGUUCUCCAGUCUGCAUGACGUUACACAUGAAAUCGACAACGGCGUUCAAAGGUCUUUGACUGGGCAGAAAGCAUUGCUCGAUGGUCAGGUACAAGCUGAAUUAGGACUUUACAAUCUGAAGGAGUUGCAAGAGAAUGCCUUGGAAGAGAGCCGUGCCGCAGUGCUGGCUCUCACUCGCGAGGCUAAGAUGCAUCAGCAGGAAUUUCUUGCAUGGCAGACUAAACUUCAGAUGAUGCAUGAACAGCUGACAAGUGGUUCAAAUGCAAUGCUUGAAGCCCAGGAAUCGUUUGUAUCAAAGCAAACAGCGGUUUUUGCAUCUCUUGAGCGGCUAUUCUCUUUGCAUAAUGCGAUUCUUUUGGAGUCCAGGGCUUUGAAGACCUUCUUAUUUUACUUUGCUACUUCCAUUUUUGUCUACAUGAGCACCAGCGCGAAGCAGACUUGCAGCGCACGUCCUCUCCUUUACUGCGGUCUUGUUCUCACGUUUGCUGUGGAGCUGUGGAUCCUUCGUUGCCAAAAAAUUGCUGCACGAGGACUGCAUCAAAUCUUGUCGUCGUUGAUUUAUCCUCGGUGGACAUAUGGGAUAACAACUGUCGCCCUUCUUAUGUAUAGUGUAUUCACCUACAGGGAUUAUUCAACAAUGAGUUACGAGAUAUUACUGGAUUUGCAAGAACGUCUUAAGGGACUUCCCUCCACUUCGCCGGCUGCAUACGAAGAGAUUUAUCAUCAAACCGCAACACCUGUCUCUAAAAUCUCGCGCUCCAAUGACUCAUACGAGAGGAUGCUUGCCAAGAAGAUUGUGCGUCGGGCUCGUGCUUGUCGAAGUAAUCUGAUUACAUGGUUGCGCACAUCCUGGAUCUCGAGUGCUGUGUGCAAACAGGAGCCUCUACCUACUUCACCUGACGGUGCUUUGGAUGCCCUGACACAAAGGUUAGACGAUGGCUGCGAAGACCCUGAUUACAAGCCACCGUUGGAUUUGGACACUAUACCGUUGGAUUUGGACACUAUACCAAUGGAUUCGGACACGCCACCGUUGGCAUCCCCUACCCACAGCUACAACCUUCGACCUCGAAGGAGAAGCCGAGUAGGCUCUGAAACUGUGUCCUCCUUGCGAUUCGAAUCGGCGGAUUCAUACACUAAAUCAACUCCAAAAUUAUAGAAGGUUUACAAUGCUGGUGUGCUAAAUAUCGCCUAGCACACAUGCCAAUUAGAUCGUUCAUUGUACAAUUAUGUUGCAAGUCAUGUAUAUGACAUCGUCUAUCAUCAUUACCCAAUAUAUGACGGGACAGAAAACAGGUGGUUAAUAUAAGCACCUCGAAUUUUGAGAUUGUUUACUCUUCUUACUAAGCAACUCCAAUAAUACGUUAUAGACGUCGGCGGAAUUAUCAUUUUGGCAGUUCCAGACGAUUCCGUCCUCAUCAAAUUUGAGAAGUGCUGCUAAUGUAAUGUGUAGCUUUUCGACCUUCUAAAGCUCAGGCAUUGUUGCAGAGAGAUCCUAGUGUCAUGGUAGCCUCAGCAGAUAAAUCAUUGCAUUCUUCGAAUGUAAUGGAAUCACUUAUCCCCAGCCCUUACUGGUUGGCUUUUGUCUAUAAUAUCUUAUGGUACAAAAUUGUAAUAGACUCAAUUUUCAUAUGGCAUUGGCCACAUAGAAUAAAGAUCGGGAGUCGUUCUCGAAUCACAUCUUGCAAUUACUUGUUCGUGACCCACCAUCAGCAGCUACUUCUCUGCGUUGUUGAAUGGAAUCUCCACUGUGUUACCGAAAUUGUCAAUGCGACCAACCCUAGCUAGCGCGAACUAUGCAGUCACUAAUCUGUUCAAUUUCCACAGUCUUGAAAUUUCCUGCACACUUGAAUGUUAUCUAAUUCGGAAAGGCUCUAAGAAAACCUCAUGAUACCCUUCACUCGUCUGUGCAGAUACUUGAACAGUCUGUGGGAAAGCACAUGUGAAUAAUUGUGCACUGAAGGAGAGGAGAACCAGGAGCUAUGAAUAGUUGAUGAGGGUCAAAAUCAUCAUCUGCAUUCGUCGGGUUUAGCAAAGCCAAGGACACCGAAGGGGCCAGAAGUCCAUGGAUGAAAGACCGUUUCUAUUCUCGUUUCAUUAGGGUUUAAGGAUUCUGGCGAGCAUUGUUCCGGGACUGGAGCCAUUUCCACGCCGAGAAUCUGUCUGUGGGGACAUAGUUGAUGCUACGACUGCUGUCUGUGGAGUCGUUUCUUUGAUUUGUACCCUUUCUUCGUUUGCCUAUUCAAAUUCAUUACUGCUCAAGCUUGUCUACAUAUUUUGGCAAUAUGGAGGAUCUUUCGACCGGCACCGAAUUAGGAUGUGAGGUGUCGGCAACCAUCAACCUAGGGGCAGAAGAGCACGAGGUAGUGACAUUGCAGUGCUCGAAGGAAAGUCUUCUUUCGGCGACAUUAGUCGACCUGAAGGAGAAAUGUAUGCAAAUUCUAGGAGCUCAUUUGCAGCGGCAUUCAGUGCCCUUAGAUGAACCUGACUUGGACGUACUUGACGAGACAUAUGUUGAAGAUGAAGACACAGAGGAGGAACCAUUGCCAGUUGAAGGUGCGGCCCCACCUAGGAAAAAAAAUAAAACCAACAAGAACUGAAGCGGGGUUCAUCUAAAUAAAAAGAUGAUACAUACGUGUUUUCACGUUGCUAGCUGAGGAUGGCAGCGUUGUGCCGUGUUCUCUACAAGAACAAUGGAAAACUCGAUAACGUGUUUCCCUGAAAUGGAAAUAGCUGCUUAACCUGCGGAGAUUGCGACUGACUUUGCGUGGUUCAGCUGGAGAACAUUGAUGCUGUUGGAAAUUCGAAGGAUUAGCACAGGGAACAUGUGAUCUUGGAUUCAGAAAAGUAUCGCUUCAGAAAUUUUGGUCUGUCUACUAGAGCUUUUUAGCUUUUGGUUAAGCUUUCCAGUGUAAGUACAUGUGUAGCAUAUCUCUGGUAGAUCCGCCAACUUAUUUAUGUUCUGUAUAUUGAGUCAUUGAUAUGACCUUUCUGAGCGUAUUUGAAAAUAUUUUUUUAUUGUUCCAA